AUGGCUAUUUUCACUGACAUGGUGGAGCAGUUUCUAGAGGUAUUCAUGGAUAACUUCUCUGUUUUCGGUGAUUCAUAUGAUGAUUGCUUGAGCAACUUGGCCAAGGUUCUGCAAAGAUGUGAAGAAACAAACCUUGUUCUGAUAUCAAGGCAAGGAAUUGAAGUUGACCGGGCUAAGAUUGAAGUUAUUGAGAAGCUCCCUCCUCCUACUUCGGUGAAGCAUAUUAGAAGCUUUCUUGGGCAUGACGGGUUCUAUAGGCGAUUCAUAAAAGAUUUCUCCAAGGUUUCUAAGCCUCUUUGCAAUUUAUUGGAGAAAGAUGCACCAUUCCACUUUGAUAAAGCAUGUUUGAAAGCCUUUGAAGAGUUAAAAGAGAGAUUGAUUUCAACACCAAUUAUUGUAGCGUCGGAUUGGGACUUGCCUUUUCAGUUAAUGUGUGACGCUAUGACAGAAAAAGAACUCUUGGCUAUUGUCUUUGCCUUUGACAAGUUUCGGGCUUAUUUGGUGGUUACCAAGGUGAUAGUAUACACAGAUCACUCCGCUAUAAAGUACUUGAUUGAGAAAAAGGAUGCCAAGCCUCGUUUAAUUAGAUGGGUGCUGCUGCUUCAAGAGUUUGAAGUGGAAAUUCAAGAUAGAAAAGGAGUUGAGAAUCAAGUGGCAGAUCAUUUGUCAAGAGUGGACGGUGAAAAAGGAUCCAAUGUUCUAGUGCCCAUCAAAGAGACAUUUCCAAAUGAGCAAUUGUUUGAGGUCAGCCAAUCUCAUGUUGUUCCUUGGUUUGCAGAUCUCGCUAAUUAUUUGGCUAGUGGAAUAAUGCCUCAGGAGUUAACGAGCCAACAAAAGAAGAAGUUUUUGCAUGAUGUGAGGCACUAUUUUUGGGAGGAGCCUUAUUUGUUCAAGCAAUGUGUCGAUCAAAUGAUUAGAAGGUGUGUUCCUGAGCAAGAAAUGGAGGACAUUUUACGCCAUUGCCACUCUUCACCUUGUGGAGGGCACUUUGGUGGAAAUCGUACCGCAUCCAAGAGGGUGGGAAAUAUUUCUAGAAGGAAUGAGAUGCCCUUGACUAAUAUCCUUGAGGUUGAACUCUUUGAUGUGUGGGGAAUAGAUUUUAUGGGCCCAUUUCCCCCAUCUUAUGGCAAUGUGUACAUCUUAGUAGCCAUGGACUAUGUUUCAAAAUGGGUGGAAGCAGCUGCCUAUCACACCAAUGACUCUAAAGUGGUCAUGAGAUUCUUGCACAAGCAUGUAUUCACUCGUUUUGGCACUCAAAGGGCAAUCAUAAGUGAUGAAGAGUUUUCAAAUAGAGAGAUCAAGGGAAUUCUUGAGAAAGUGGUGAACCCGAACUACAAGGAUUGGUCCAAGAGAUUAGAUGAUGCAAUAUGGGCCUACAGAACCACCUUCAAAACACCAUUGGGGAUGUCACCUUACCGUUUGGUAUUUGGUAAAGCUUGCCACUUGUCGGUAGAGCUGGAGCACCGCGCAUAUUGGGCCCUUCAAGCACUUAACAUGGAUUUGAAACUUUUAGGGAAAAAGAGAAUGUUGCAGCUGAAUGAACUAGAAGAAAUGCGCUUGUUUUCCUAUGAAAAUGCCAAGCUUUACAAGGAGAAAACAAAAAGGUGGCAUGACAAGCAUAUCCAAAAAAAAGUGUUUGAAGAGGGUCAGCGAGUUUUGCUUUUCAACUCGUGA